GCCCCGGUUAGAUCAGCCAGCCGCUCUGUUCUUCAGUCGUUUUCGCUUGACGGCUCUACUGUCUCGAUCGUCUCCUCCAAUUCGUGUUUAGGGCUUCCGGCUGCCGCUGUAGGAGCCGGUAGCUUCCGCCCAGGGGAGACUCCCCCGUCGGCGAUCUGCUCUCUGUUGGCCGCCCGCCUGCCCCACUCUCGUUGGAGUAACUUAGAUCCGAAUUCUGCAAUGGAUCGAGGAAAGAAGCAGGGCAAGUUCAUUGCCAACAAGAACAACAAGAUCUACAUGGAUCUCAAGGACAUCAUAAGAGAAGUAGCCCUUCCAUUCCUUCCCGCCAAAUCCCUCCGGCGGUGCACAACCGUCUGCCGUGAGUGGAAGCUGCAGAUCUCCACCCCUUUCUUCGCCCACAGCCAGUCCAACUCAUUCCACGACUUGUCCGGAUUCUUCUGUCGCUCCACCUCUGGCGAACCCACAUUCAUACCCUUGGACCCAAUGGCAUAUGGCGUCGCUGACCCGUCCUUCAGCUUCCUGCCUGAACCGGUCCAUGUCCGAUGCUCCUCCAAUGGCCUAGUCUGCUGCCAGGGCCGAAGCGGCCAGAAACCAUACUACGUCUGCAACCCUGUCACCAAGCAGUGGACCAAGCUCCCUAAGCCCAAUGCUGAUCACGGGUCUGACCCUUCAAUCGUGAUCGCCUUUGAGCCCUCGCUGCUCAACUUUGUUGCCGACUACAAGCUGAUCUGUGCAUUCCCUUCUGACCUCGAUGGCUGCGAGUUCGAGAUAUACUCUUCGGCCACAAAAGGUUGGAGAAUCUCUAAUGAGAUCUGCUUCGGGGACAGUAAGCUCAUGUCAACUCCAGGUGUGUAUGCUGGUGGGAGUGUCUAUUGGCGGUCGAAAACCAGAGGGAUCCUGGCCUUCAAUCUCACGAGCGAGCGGUCGACUAUCCAGUCCUCAUGCGGGUACAGUUACUCAUCCUCUGGUGAGAUCUGUGCUCUCGGGUUUACGAACGGGAAGCUCGCUGUUGCUUCCAUCACUGGUCCCCAGCUGAAAGUUUUUCAACUGUCCAACACCUUCACCAACACGAUGCAGAUGAAUAGUAGAGCCUCAGCUUGGAAUAUGAACCACGAGGCGGUGAUCGAGUCUUUCCUCUUCGAAGGGAAUCGGCUGGAUCAAGCUAGCGCGAUGUUUGUGGGCGGGGAUACCGUGGUGAUUAAAGCAGCCAAGGCGCUUGUUUGCUAUAACAUGAGAACCAGGAGAUUCUCGACGGUAGCAGCUGAUGUUGAUUUCAACUCCAAGAUGGUUCCCUAUGUUAAUAGCCUCGUCGAGAUGUGAGUCAGACUUUAUAAGAUCUCCUCUCCUCUCCUCUCUCUCGGCUCUGACUUUGUGAGUGGAACUCUGAGUCUGAAGCUUGAGAACUAGGAAUAAAGCUCUCUAGAUGGAAGUUCCCUGACUGUCCUCUCAAAAGAGUGCAGAAUUUAGAAUGGUUAACUGUGGUUGCUGAUGUGUAAAUGUGUUUUGGGGUACUUUUCCUGUUUUUUUAGGGUUGUUGCUGGGUCAGAAUCUUACAGCCAAUAUUUCUGGAUGUGAAUUUAUCUCGUUUCGAUUUUGGUCUAGGAUCCGGAACGAUUCGCAUUUGCUUCAUUUCACGUUUCUCCGGUAAACUCCAACCGUCGAAAAAUCGCCAUCCAAUGCAAGCUUCUCCCUUGUUCGAGGCUGUUUUCAAA